UUAUAUAUGUUCUGUGGUCUUAUCGCUCCUACAACCACAAGGGAUGGAUAUCAACGAUAUUGGCUUUAUUUGAAUUAAAUUGAACAAUAAGUAUUUGAUGAUAUGGAGUUUAGAAAGCCUUUCGAGUUUAGAGCCAUUUAAAAAAAAGGAGCAAUAAGUAAGACGUAGUUAAAUAAUUCAAGAUAAAAGAGAUUCGCGAGUUGUUUGUAAAAUACGAUGAUGCGAUCUGUAUACGGCAACUACUUUAUUUAGUUGUGUAAUUGUUUAAUGAAAGUUAAUCUAAUCCUAUAAAAAAAUUAAGAUAAUAUACAUUAAAAAUGCACUUGACAUCUUGUACGACCAUACUGAUUUCUCUUUUAAUGUUGUGUCAUACGUGGGAGAUACCAGAUAAUUUUGCGAAAACUGAACAUUCCAACAAUUGGGCAGUUUUGGUCGAUACAUCGCGUUUCUGGUUCAACUAUCGACAUGUUGCCAAUGUUUUGUCCAUCUAUCGAAGUGUCAAACGUUUAGGAAUACCAGAUUCGCAAAUCAUUCUUAUGAUAGCUGAUGAUAUGGCAUGUAAUCCUAGGAAUCCUAGACCAGCAACUGUUUUCAACAAUAUUAAACAGCAUAUUAAUGUUUAUGGUGAUGAUGUUGAAGUUGACUAUAGAGGUUAUGAAGUAACAGUAGAAAAUUUUGUAAGGUUACUGACUGGACGCUUAGCUCAAGAAACCCCAAGAUCGAAAAAACUAUUAACGGAUGAAGGUUCAAACAUCUUAAUUUAUUUAACUGGCCAUGGUGGUAAUGGAUUUUUAAAGUUCCAAGAUUCUGAAGAAAUCACUAGUCAAGAAUUGGGAGAUGCUUUGGAGCAAAUGUGGCAAAAACGAAGAUACCACGAAAUUUUAUUUGUGGUUGAUACUUGUCAAGCGAGUUCAAUGUAUGAGAAAUUUUAUUCUCCAAAUAUAUUAGCAGUCGCUUCUAGUUUAGUAGGAGAAGAUUCACUUUCUCAUCAUGUGGAUCCUGCCAUUGGUGUUUACAUUAUAGAUCGAUAUACUUAUUAUGCGUUAAAUUUUUUGGAAAAAGUAGAACCAUCUAGCACUAAAACAUUGGGUGAAUUUUUAAAAGUAUGUCCAAGAGAUUAUUGUCUAUCCACAGUGGGUGUAAGAAGAGAUUUAUUUAGAAGAGAUCCAGAUAAAGUGCCAGUAACAGAUUUUUUUGGUUCUCUUAGACCUGUGGAACUUACAAUGAACAUAAUGAAUAUUUUACCUAUUAAAUCUAAUUGUACAAAAAUUCAGGAAUUUGAAAAGAAGUAUAAUUAUGUUGUGCAAUUUCCCCAUGUAUCUCUGUACACAUGAAUAAAAGAAUCAAUAUUUUUUAUAAUGUG